UUUCUUUUUCUUUUUCUCCUUUUUUUUUCCUUAUCGUUUCUGCCUUUGUUGUUGCUUUUCAAUCUUUUCUCUGUUUUGAUUUUUGAUGCUGGUAUGCAUUCUCCCAUGAUUCCUGUUUGUUUUUCUCUCUCCAUGUAUAAUACUCGUUGAGGAGGGGUGGGGGAAUGGAUUUUUGUGUCUCUGACUUCAAUUUUUUGGGGUGAUAGAUCUUAGGGUUUUUUGUUGAUUCUAUAAUUUGGCCAGACAGGUUUGUGAAUUCAAUUGGCAUUCUGUCUUGACGCAAGAUACGAGCUAUUAGAAGUGCCAAUUGAGACAUAGUGAUCGAAGAAUGCAUGGUGUAACACGUAUGUGAUGAAAAAAACAUACAAAUGGUAUCGCAGGUUUCAUUAGACUGUGAGCUUUGCCUUGGCUCAGAGAAUCUUGGGAAUAAGGAUGGGGGUUCUAGUGUGCCCUCAUUCUCACAAGAGCAUGCUGCUCCACAGAUGCCUGUGAAAAAACAAACAAGGCAAUGGGCUGCUUGGACUCGUCAGGAGGAAGAAAGUUUUUUUGCUGCUCUACGGCAAGUUGGCAAGAAUUUUGAGAAAAUCACUUGCCGUGUCCAGAGCAAAAACAAGGAUCAGGUUAGGCAUUACUACUAUCGGCUUGUAAGACGAAUGAACAAGUUGCUGGGGCCAGAACUUUGUCUUGAUGCCAAAAACUCAAAAGACACAAAUGCUGCUAUGCUUCGAUGGUGGUCAUUACUGGAAAAGUACAGCUGCAAAGCCUCUAAGCUUCACUUAAAACCUCGAAGAUUUAAGAUAUUUGUAGAGACUCUGGAGAACCAACUGUUGAAAGAUCGGAAAAAGAACAUCAAAAAACGACUAUCUACUGGAGAGAAUAAUUCUUCUACAGAGCAUCAGGUCAUGACAACCGCGCAGUAAAAAUGGUUCUUGUGGACAGCCAGAACAUCCAGAAAGUCGGAACUGGAAAAGGUGCUCUAUUCAAGCGCCAUAUAAAUAUAGGAAUGAGUCGUACCAACUGCAAAGUAGACCCAGCUUCUAUGAAAACAGCAAAACAUCGGCGGAAAACAGGCCUUGCAUCAACAGCUGCAUAUAAAAGAUGGGAGAAGGCUGCCAUCGCUGGGGUUUCUUUGGUUGCUGAUGCUGCUGAACAUUUGGAGCGAGUUGACACUGACAAAGAGAUUGACAAUGUUCAGGAAACACCAGGCCAUGAUGGUUCGCAGCUUGUUGGUAAAGUGGUUCAAUCUUUACAUGCAUCUUCACAAAGCAUGUUCAAUGAGAAUAAUAUACAUAAUUCAGCAAAACUUAAACUCCAGUUGUUCCCAAUUGAUGAAUGUACUCGAAAAGCCUUAGAAAUGGAUAAUCAUAAUCCACAUCUGGAGUUGACUUUGAGUACACGAAAGAAACUAUCAUCUAUAUUGGAACAUCUCAAUCGCAAAUGGGGCAACUCAAGCUCUUUAUCUAAAGAGUUAAUGCUUUUUCCUUACUGGGCACAGAGGGAAAACCUGGUGGGAUAUCAGAAAUGGACUAAGGACUCUCCUCUUUGUGCAGCAGAUGUAUAUUACCUAAUUGGAAGCCCUCCAAUUUUCCGCCUCAGGUAUGGCUGGUUUUCAAAAGCUGAGGUUGAAUCUGCGACUGCUCAAGCACUUUCUUGUGCCAAUAUCAAAGAGCAAAAUUUGAACAUUAACAUAGCACCAGAGCAGAAUGCUGAGGCUGAGAACCCAAACAGUCCUCUUGGUGACCAGCUUGUCUCUGCUGAAAAACUUAUCACUCUGUCUCCCUCGUCUACACGGACUCCAAUUACAACAGUUGAGUGUGGUGUCUCUGUUUCCAAAAUCAAUACUUCAAGAUUUCAAGAUAGCACUGCAGGUUUAUCAUCACUCAGAGAAGAGAGUGGAGAUUUAGCAGUCACGAGACAAGUUGAAAACAUGAAGAAUAUAGCAUUGUCCACUGGGGAGUGGGCUGAUAGUCUUACCAACAUAAGUGUGGGUGAUCUGCUUUCUGAAUCAACACAGAGCACAGAUGUCAACUGCACUGAGUUUCCAAUGCCUCUUGGUUCAAACUGUUUCCAGCAGAUGCCAUUUAGUUGCGACUCUUUUGAUGCUGCAAUUGCUGCUCACAUUUACAAACAUCAAAAUAAAGUUGACUUACAGCAGGGGCUUGCAUCUCAUGCACCUUCCAUCUGGGAUGGUGAAGAAACAUGCGAUGCCUUUGCGUUCCAGAAAACUGGUGCUUUCUGUAAUAAAGAACAGGAUGUGUCGAUGAAUGAUACAAUGGAUGCCUGUAAACAAGCUACUGUGCCAAGUCCUUCAGCAUCUCAUGAGGAGUUGCCUGAAAUGGAGAAGGUGACAAGCAGCGAUCUUGCUUGUGGAGACCUUAUGGAUGACGGCAUGUCUGAUCAUCCUUCAGAAAACUCUACUAAGGAUUUUGGUGGGCUUACUGAUAUAUAUUGGCCUGACUCUUUAGGACCGUUAGAUUUGGACAUACCCUCAUGUAGAUACCAUAGCAAUGAUCUAAUCCUUAGCGACAGCCUUAGUGGUUUGAACCGCCUGAUAGCAAACAGUGUGGACGCGUUUCAAAGUUGCUCGUUCUUUGGCUUGGACAAGAAAGAGCCUGCAUCAACAGCUGAAGCCCGCCAAACUGCUUCCUUCUCAGAUUUCAAAAUCGGCAGUGAAGUCUAAAAUCAUGUGAGAGAACUUGGAGACAGAUAUAGUUGGUGUAAUCUGAGCUUAUGUAGUUAGGGUCAUGUGCCACUGCAAAAGGGUCCAUAACAUUUGCAGAGUUUAGGAAUCAGGGGCACGCAUAAUGCUCUAUGUUAUUUAAUCAAGUUCUUUUGCUCUGUACAAAUUUCAAAUCCAAAAAAUUCCUUAUAGAUUUUAAACCAGCUUCUUGCACCGAAGAUGAUACAUUGAUGUAUAUUUGCUUUGACUUACUCUAAAUAGCAGAACAUUUCCAUUGA